UUCACUCAGUUUCUUUGCCAGUUGCCCAGUGGGACGGUUGCGUCUCAGCAUCUCAAGCGGCUCCAUCAGAACCACAAAUCAACCAACCAUGAGCAAGUCCUACGCCUCCUCAGCCCAGAGCGCCUCCUCGUACCGUCGCACCUUUGGUUCUGGUGUUGGUUCAUCACCAAUGUCUUCCCUCUUCUCCAGUCUAGGAGGAGGCCGCGGCUCCUCUUCCAGCCAUAUGUCCACCAGAGUCUACGAGGUCAAGAGCAGUGGUAUUCCCUCAUAUUCCAGCUUCAAGCUGUCUUCUGGUGCUGGGCUCGGCUCCUCCACAGCCAUGCGCACCUAUGCUGGGGAGAAGCUCGACUUCAACCUUGCAGACGCCAUGAACCAAGACUUCCUCAACACAAGGACCAAUGAGAAGGCUGAGCUUCAGCACCUCAAUGACCGCUUUGCCAGCUACAUUGAGAAGGUGCGUUUUCUGGAGCAGCAGAAUGCAGCACUGACAGUGGAGAUUGAGAAGCUCAGGGUCCGCGAGGGGCCUGGGCGUGUGGCUGAGCUCUAUGAGGAGGAAAUGAGAGAGCUGAGGAGGCAGAUAGAGGCCCUCACCAACCAGCGCGCCAGAGUGGAGGUGGAGAGAGACAACCUGGCUGACGACCUGCAGAAACUUAAGCUCAGACUGCAAGAAGAGAUUCACCAGAAAGAAGAGGCUGAGAACAACCUGUCUGCUUUCAGAGCUGAUGUGGACAGUGCUACUCUUGCCAGGCUGGACCUGGAGAGACGUAUUGAGAGUCUACAAGAAGAGAUUGCCUUCCUCAAGAAGAUCCAUGAAGAGGAAAUCCGUGAGCUGCAGAGCCAGAUUCAGGACACUCAGGUGCAGAUCCAGAUGGAUAUGUCUAAACCUGACCUGACUGCUGCUCUGAGGGACAUCCGCAUGCAGUACGAAGCCAUUGCCGCCAAAAACAUUGCAGAGGCUGAGGAGUGGUACAAGUCUAAGGUGUCUGAUCUGAACCAAGCGGUGAACAAAAACACUGAUGCACUGCGUCAGGCCAAGCAGGAGACCAUGGAGUAUAGGCACCAGAUCCAGUCCUAUACCUGCGAGAUUGACUCACUGAAGGGCACUAACGAGUCUCUGCUGCGCCAGAUGAGAGACAUGGAGGAUCGCAUGGCCCGUGAAGCUUCUGGUUACCAGGAUACCAUUGCAAGGCUUGAGGAAGAUAUCGCUAAGAUGAAAGAUGAUAUGGCCCGCCACCUGAGGGAGUACCAGGACCUCCUUAAUGUGAAGAUGGCCCUCGAUAUUGAAAUUGCCACCUACCGCAAGCUGCUGGAGGGAGAGGAGAGCAGGAUUACUACCACCAUACCUGUUCCAUCUACCUUUUCUUCCAUUGGAUUCAGAGAGACCAGUCCUGAGUCCCAACAUCAGCGCGCAUCAGAGGUUCACUCCAAGAAGACUGUUCUCAUCAAGACCAUUGAGACCCGCGAUGGAGAGGUUGUCAGUGAGUCAACACAGCAUCAGCAAGACAUCAUGUAAAGAAGAAGAUCAAUCAUUAUUUAAAAAAAAAAAUUGUACCAACAAUGAAAAAUUUUCCUACUAGUGCUACGACGAUUAAUAAGCUGAGCCUAUUUUUAGAUACAAAAUGCUCACCACUUUAUGUAACCAGUCAUAGAAGUGAAAAUUAACCACCAUUCAGCCAUAUAUAAAUUACUCUAAGCAUCACAGGAUAGAUGCAGUGCAGAGGCACAGCGCCUUUAGCCUGGUUUUAAAUGACGGCAUUCCAGGAUGUUUUUGUUUAUUUGUGAAUUUCUUACAUCUUGCAUCUAUCUUGUCUGCAAAAACAAUUUAGUGGUAAGGGUAGUGUUUCAAAUUAAAGGUUGUACUGCUGUAUUAGACUGUACAGGAAAGUUUGGAAGGUGAAAGUCAGAUCAAUUUGACUGAAGCACUCUGUCAUAUUGUGGCAAAUUUCACUGCACAUAUUCCAGGAUUUUUAUGUAUAUGCAUAGAUUGAUUAAGAUAGGCUAUCUGUGUAACUGAUUCAAGGAAAGUGAGAUGUUGGGCUUCAAUUUGAAAAAUGCCAGAAAGAGAAAAGGAAACUCAGUGAUGUUUGAACUUUGAGCUCUGCAGCAUUUGCUGGGUGUCUGAUGGUUUGUGUAUGAGUAACCACGGUAUUCUCCUUCACUCAAAUAAAAAUUUUCAUAUGCAAGUCAAA